AGGUUGUGCUUGCUUUUUUAUUGCAUGAGUAAUGCUGGCAGUGACAGCCAAGACUUUAGUCAAGGACGCGGCCCUGGUGCAUAUUUAUUAUAGUAAAAUAGAGAAAGAGGAGAGAGAGAGAGAGCAACUCAGGUACACACUGGAGCGCAUUCUUGGGCGUGGGACAAGAGGAGGGGAUGAGGAGGGGGCGUGCUAAAGGUUUUUUUUUUGGUGCACGAGAAAAGCCGCUUAUUCAUAACACUCCCAGAAGCAGGUGUAGGGCAGGCCACCUAGGCACAUGCGUUGCAUUGUUCUUAAAUUAAAAUCUACACAUCGAGACCAAGGGGCUUCCGGAGGAAUUAAUUGCACCGGAAAAUGGUUUCGCAAUGUUAAUUGACAUUAGAUGCGCUUCUUUUGUUCGCCCGCAUCUAUACUUCCCGGUUGUGACUGUCGAGACGCACUAGUUAGGUGCGAUCGCAAAUGACUUGACAUAGAUAGCGGUGGUCGCAGGUAAACACUUUCUUUCUGAAAAAUAGAGGAACAAUUGAACACGAUGACUGACCAGUACAGUAUGUUUCUCACCGCCGCUCCCCCUCUGAGAAGAGGAAGCACACCUCUACCAAUCAAGCACCAGCUGAGGCGGGAGGAGGCCGUAUCAGAGGACCAUGACUGGAUACCAGGGAUUGACGAGCCGGCCACGCUGCCAAUCAGUGACGCCCUUUGCCGGGAUGAAUCAUUUAGUCAGGCGUCGGAGGGGUGUCACGGGAGUGCCAUAAGGAUCGUACUACUCGGGCAGAAUGGGGUUGGGAAAUCGGCACUCUCUCUGGCCCUGGCUGGACUGUCAGACAGCUCACUGUCUGUGGACUCUGAAACAGCCUGUGGAGAAUGCUACGAGCGCACGGUGUCAGUUGACGAUGAGCAGAGUUCAGUCAUCAUUUAUGACAACUGGAAACAGGACCUGUCCACGCUGCAGUGUGAGGUGGUUGUCCUGGUGUUCUCUGUGACAGACAGAAGAAGUUUCCACCGCACCGCUCAGCUCCGCCUCAUCCUCAGGGAGUCGCUGCCCCACACUCCCAUCAUCCUUGUGGGCAACAAGAGUGACCUCGUCCGCUCUCGGGAGAUCAGCACAGAGGAGGCCCACUCCAGUGCCAUGAUGUAUGAAUGCCAGUAUCUGGAGCUGUCUGCCUCCCUGGACCACGGCACCACCGAGCUGCUGGAGGGAGCGGUGAGGGCUGCCAGGGGUGACUGCGUGGGGCCGGGCUGGACGGAGGGGGACCCUGGGGCGGGGCGCAGGGAGAGCCUUACCAGCAAGGCCAAGCGCUUCCUGGCUGGCCUGGUGCCGCGGUCCUACGGCCGAGGAGACCGGGACAGGGGUCAGUACAGGGAGAUGAGCAGACACCGGGGCAGCAAGAUCCUCCGACAGAAAUCGCGCUCCUGCCAUGAUCUCAGUGCAAUGUGACACAUCAGACAGACCGAGAGAGGAGGUGAGGUGUGUGAAAAGGGGAGGGGAAAAAAUUGAGGAAAACAGAGGAUGGGAGAUGAGUUAUGGAGGGGAAAACUGGGACGGGGGAUGGUGAGAAGUGUAGCAUUGGAGAGGGAGGGGCCGUUAGAAAUGAAGCUGUACCUUAGGGAACUAGAGUGCGAGAGCGAGAGGUGAAGUCAUUAGAAUAGCAGGAUGAGAUGAAUACUAGUAGACUCAUUAUGCAAUGUAGAGGGGGGAAAAAAGUCACAUUGGAGAAAGAAUCAAGUAAGAAAAAGGGGAUUGGAAAAUUAUUGUGCAAGAUGGAAAAUAAUGAGUGUCAAAUACACACACACACACACACACACGAGGCACGCACUGUCUAAUUACGUAGAGACUGAUAGAGAUCUAACGUAGACCUAGGGCUGUAUUCAAUCUGGAUCGCCGGAACGUUCCAGAUUGCGCGCUAGUUAAUGUAUUGGUCGUUUCCAAUUAAGCCGACAUAUGCAGCGUGGACCGUGAAUACGCGAUACGGAUUGAAUAGAGGCCCUUAUAUAGUCCCUGUUUUUAAAAGCAUGAUGUUACACUGUGAGUAGAGUUGCAGAGAGAGGCUCAUAUUAUUAUUAUUAUUAUAAUGUCUUGUAUUCCCUUAUUGGCCGGUAGCUACAGUAUACAACCCCCCUCCCCUGCGAUCGCCAAUGCAAGGCCCUUUAUAAAAGCCUCAUCCGUGCACUUUUUAUACUGUGGGUUUUCAUGUCGAUUUUCAUGUCGCUGCAUAAUCCCUUUAAAUCAGGUAUAGAUUUGGGAUGUAUUUUCUUUUUCUACCGCGACCCCACAGAGACGAGAACUUGGUUGGAGCGGGUAUUAUUACAGUAGCUAUUCUGAAAGUAUAGUAGAUGUAGACUCAGGUUUUGCGGUUAUAUGAAAUCUGGCCACCUAUUCACCUUUACACUGACUCCAUGGUAAACAUCCCUGCACUCAGUUAUGAUCCUAAUAUAUAUGCAGCUACUGCAGAGCCUAGCGAUAAGUAAAUGGCUCUAAAUGAAAAGAAGCAAUAGUUGUAACUAGGGCCCAGAGUUUUUCCUGUUCACAUGACUUGAAGACCUAAUCAGGGAAAACUCUGGCCCCUAUGUGUAGACACAAACUGGCAGAACCCACUCAACUAACUACUGGCUGAGUCAGAGCACGUUGGGUUGCUACAGGAAGAUCGACGAAGAUGAGGGUUGAGGAGACGACAAGAGAGACUCAACUACCUGUGGCUGUUUCAUGUUAGUUUUUUUGUGUUUUUUUUACCUGUUGAAAUUGUAUACACACACUACAUACAUACAUAUAGGACAUUUGCAUAUACGGAUAACUACCAAAAUAAAGGAAACACCAAGAUAAUAGUGUCUUAAUAGGGCAUUGGGCCACCACGAGCCGCCAGAACAGCGUAAAUGCGCCUUGACAUAGACUCUACAAGUGUCUGGAACUCUACUGGAGGGAUGUGACACCCUUCGUCUACGAGAAAUUCCAUAAUUUGGUGUUUUGUUGAUGGUGGUGGAAAAUGCUGUAUCACUGAGCUCUUCUAGCCAUGGGCGCCAAAAUAAUGAUCAUGUAUAAAAAUGUGCAUUUUUAUACUAGCCCAAUGUUGUAGUCGAGUCCCUAUGGCUGAAUUCGAGUCCAAGUCACCAAUAGUCGAGUUACGUCCAAUUUGUAAUAGGUCUUAUUAUGCAAUUGUUUCUGGUCACCACCAGAUGGCAGUAUAUUGUCACUCCCUCAUGUGGAAACCCAACUAAUUUACUAUUCAUCACUACCUCACAAGUUCUACUCAAUACCUGUGUUUCACUACUUAUUUACUACAUAAAUGAAUGGUAAGUCAGGCUCUCAACUACUUGUUUGUUAUCGACCCACUGACAUUUGUGUAGUUUUAAUUUAUUUAUUGCAGAGUGAAAACUAAAGGGAGACUGGCUAUGGGAUGCAGGGGGGAAAUUGAGAGGGUAUAGCAAGAUGACAAAUUCAAAGACCGCCUACUUUUCUAUAGUCUAGGAGAGAGACAAAUAGCUAGACUGUUGUUUUACUGUUAAACUCAAUACUAUUGUUUUCAAUUUGGUAAAGCAGAUAAAGCUAAAUAGUAGGCUGGUGGUUACAGGGAAGCAAGAGACACUUGCGCGAUGUGUAGCCUAUGAUCGGAGCCGGAGUGGAUCCUGACUGCCCACAAACAUCGCUUGCUCCCCCGCAGCUCACAAGCUGAUGUAGGCUGCAUGUGCCAGGUGUGGCAUGUCCUUCCCACUGCUAGAGAGCAGAGUCCUCGCUGCUCUGCACACCUAGUGCCACUUAUAUUCUGCGUCUCAUAGUAGCCUAUCCAGUCCAAGUGUAACGUUACAAGAAGGCGAGUCCGAGUCAACAAUGGCAUCCUGGUCUCAGAUCAUUUUGUAUUAUUCUAUAUGUAAAUCCGAGACUCCCCAUUUAGUGUGAUAUGUUAUGUUUCGUAUGGUAUGUAUUCAUUUUUGGAUGCUCAUCCAAUUCAUAUGAUAUGUUAUGAAUUCCAAUUUGUUGUGGCUAAUGUUAGGUUAAAGGGUUAAGGUUAUGGGAAGGGUUAGUUAACAUGCAAAGUAGCAAGUAGUUAAAGUUGCUAAAAUGCUAAAGUUGUCCAUGAUGAGAUUCGAACAAGUCUGAAUUUCCAGACUUUUGCAUUAUGCACCCACCCAUCCACCCCGACCAAUCACCAUCCUUUCAUUUUUGCCUUAAGUAACCUUCUGUCUUAUGUAACCAUACCUAACAUAUCAUACUAAUUUGAGUGUCUCAAAUUUACAUUUACUUUGUUACGUCUAGUCUUUGAAACCAGGCUGCCAAUGGUUGAGAAGUUGAGUCCGAGUUACCAGUGGUCGAGUCCAAGUUGAGUCACAAGUCAUGAAAACGGACUCGAGUACUACAACACUGACCCUAAGCAUGAUGGGGGAUAUUAAUUGCAUAAUUAACUCAGGAACCACACCUGUGUGGAAGCACCUGAUUUUAAUAUACUUUGUAUCCCUCAUUUGCGCAAGUGUUCCCUUUAUCUUGGCAGUUACCUGUACAUGAACUACCAUAGAACAGAGCGUUACUGUGGGGGCUGGCCACACAGGCAAGCACAACCAUAAGCGUUCUGGAAACGUUGCUUGGAUGUCUUGUCCGCGUGUGGCAACUACAUUGACAUACAUUAGCUACACAUGCUCACUCAUUUGUCACUGUCUAUUAUUACACACUUGUCUUUCGAAAGAUAAUAAAUUCAUUUUGUUUGACGUCCUU